UUCCGAAGCAGCUGCUCGUUCAGAGCCAACAAUUAAGGCUCAACCAGCAAGGAAGUAUUUAAAAAUGAGCAACAAGUUGACGCUGGCAAUGCUGCAGCUGCCCGUGGGCAGGGAUGUGUCCGCGAACGUUCUACGGGCUGUUCGGAGCGUUAAGAAGCUGAAGGCGGAUAACCCCAAACUGCAACUGGCCAUCCUGCCGGAAAGCUUUAACGCUCCCUAUUCGCAGGAGGACUUUCCAAAAUUCGCCGAACCCGUUCCCGAAGGUCCCACGUGCCAGGCUCUGUCCAAGCUGGCCCGCGAACUGAAGAUCUAUAUAAUAGGAGGCAGCAUCGUGGAGCGCGAGGGCGAUAAGUUGUACAACACUUGCACCGUGUGGGCGGCCGACGGAAGUCUUAUUGGUCGGCAUCGGAAGAUUCAUCUCUUCACCAUGAGCAUUGACCCAGAAAAUGCUGGUGGCGUGGAGUUCGAUGAAGCGGCGGUGCUGACAGCGGGUUCGGAGGUGACGGUUGUCCAGAUUGGACAGCAGAAGGUAGGCAUUGGCAUCUGCCAUGACAAGCGAUUCGAUGAACUGGCGCGCAUCUACCGUACUAUGGGCUGCUCCAUGCUGGUUUACCCGUCCGCCUUCUGCAUUUGCCAGGGACCCAUGCACUGGGAGCUCCUGCAAAGAGCUCGCGCCACUGACAACCAGCUUUUCGUAGUCACCUGCUCGCCUGCCAGAGACAACAUGUCGGGCUAUGUGGCAUACGGACACUCGAUGAUCGUGAAUCCCUGGGCUCAGGUGCAGCGUGAGGCAGGCGAGGGAUGCGAGUUCAUUGUUGAGGAGAUUGAUUUCAAUAUGGUCGAGGAAGUACGGCGGCAAAUUCCCAUCUACAAGCAGAGGCGCACCGACGUCUACUCUAAGGUCAGGUCUGAUUUGUAAAGCUGGGGGGAAGGGGCUUGGAAGAAACCUUCGU